CCAGAGCCCAAUUACGCAGAUUAGGCAGGGAGCUGCAGAGUUUGGGGCGACUUCUAACUGAAUAACUGGGCUGCGUAGAUCCCUUACUGGCGCGUUCGGGUUCCUGCACCUAAAUUACCCUGGCUGAGCGAGUCACGAUCCAACUUUGUCCCUUGCGAACCCUGCCACACAUACGUCGUCACGAUUCAUCACCCGCCAUCCGCAAUUCUCUACAUACCAAACUCCGAGUCGCGAAUGACACCUCUGGGGGCCCGGAGAUAUCUGAGCAACAUGACAUCCCUGUUACCGCUGAUCCAGGAUAUCCUCCCCAUGAUUUUGCCGGCAUCCGUCACCGUUACCAAGGCUGCCGACAUCCUUCCCGGUGAGACAGGGUCCAGUGAAACCGCAGCUGCAACGCCCGGGGUACGGGUCAUUAGCAGGAACGCGGUUGUCGGCAAGACGGACAAGAUGUGCACCUCAAUCCUCAUUUUAAAGCCCAACUCCUCCUCAUCGGUACGCCACCACGGCGAACAAGGUACGUGUCUCAGCCUCUCACGUCACUUGUCGUAUGUAUGUACAUACCCGCAAGGGUGUGCACAACCUAGCGAAGCGACUCCUUCUAAACCGCCGUGGGAAGAAACCAUCAUCUACGCAGUCUCCGGCAAGGGUGCCAUUCUCUCCCAGCCCACGGGGGACGACGAGGAGCCAGAACGCCAUGACCUCGACCCGGGCGAUUUUGCUUUUAUCCCGGCCUGGACCGAGCACCAAGCAGUGAACGACUCGGAAGUCGAUUGGCAUCUUGUCAUCAUCCGCAGCGGCAGCCACCCAGUCGAGGUCAAUUUGACAGGUUGGGGCGGCGCCGAAAUCAAGGAACCCCCCAGACAAUGAGACUCUUAUCGUCGUUU